CUUGGGAUCAAGCAAGAGAAGCUAAGCCACCUCCACUUCUACUUCCACGAUAUCGCCAGCGGUCCCAACCCAACUUCCAUCUGGGUUGCCCGAGCACCCACGUCUAGCAAAUCUCCGACGCUGUUUGGCUCUGUAGCUAUGAUCGAUGAUGCGUUAACUAUCGGCCCCAAAAGGAGCUCCAAAGUUGUGGGAAGGGCACAAGGGUUUUAUGCAUCUGCCUCACAAAGUGAAAAUGCUUUGAUGGUGACCAUGAACUUGGCUUUCACCGAAGGGAAGUUUAAUGGCAGCAGUCUUACUGUUGUGGGACGAAACCCUGUGGUUGAAGCUGUAAGAGAGAUGCCUAUAAUCGGUGGAAGUGGAGUUUUUCGGUUUUCUAGGGGAUAUGUUCAGGCCAAGACUAUCAGGUUCAAUGCAACAACCGGAGAUGCUGUUGUUGAAUAUAAUGUGUUUGUGUUCCAUUAUUGAUCAACUUGUUCUUGCCGCUUAAUUAAUCUGUUUUUUUUUUUUUAAUUCUCUCUGGACAAGAAUAUUCUUCCUCGA